AUGAGCACGUCAGACGCCAACAGUGUCAAUUCAGAAUGCCAUCAGCUGCAAGCCGGUCUGUCACCGGCCACCGCAGCUUUACGUGACUUCACUGCGGCCCAUCCUGAAGCCGAAGCACAGCUCUCCCCCGUGCUAGAACAAGUCCUCUCACUCUCGGACAGCAUCGUCGCACUUCGACGCAAUGUAGCGAGUUGCGAAGGAGAGGACCAGCUCUUGAGCGAAAUCCGAUGCGUCCCGGCAUUCUGCAAUGAGGUUAUCAGCCAGAUCGUAGGGUCUGUCACUGACACGGGACCUGAGAAGUCCCGAUGGUCGCUGUCUCGGCGCGGUGACGAUGCGUGGAGGAGUGCAGCCAGCCGCGCCUCGGCCCUCAACUCACAUUUGACCACGGGCAGGAGGACAAUGGGCCUGGCGGUUGAUGCAUUAGACCUGGUCCGACAUCUUCAAAGAGCAGAGGAGGCCGGCGAGUCCCCUCCAUAUGCUACCAGCGCGAUCCUCCAGGAGAUCAACUCCAUCAAGGAGAUCUUGAACCGGCAACCCGCAUCAGACCAGAGCAUAUCGCCACAGAAGCUCGCCAGGUUCCUCAACUUCCUCCGGACCUUCGUAGACAACCAGUCGACCACGGUUCCGGCAUCAGACAUGGCGAGACUUUCCGUCACCGCCGACAACGCCGGCUCUUCAACCUACUCCAUGUCCGCCGCACCAAGCGUAGACGGAGACGUGAACCCAUACCCGACUCUCCUCGCACCAGCUCCCGCCCACGCCACAUUCCGUCACGUCGGCAAGAUCACCAUGAACCUGGAAAAGGAACCUGUCGACAUCCGCUUCACCUCCGCAACAGACCCGACGUCCUUCGCCGUCUCCAACUUCUUCAAAGACAUCAGUCUCUUCGACGCCGCCUCAGGAGAGCGCAGGCGCACCAUCAAAGUGAAAGGCGUGAACAUGGUCUUCUCCCCGCUGAUGGACCUCGUCGCCGUAACGACGGAGCAUCACGAUGAAUACGUCAACCGGUUCCCUAAGCCGAUUCUAACCUCACACGAUAUGGUCCACUUCGAGAGGCCGGCCCUGUACGUCGUCGAAUGGGUCAACGACAACAGCCCCAAUGCGCGCAAGUUCAUCCUGCAAUGGCAUGGCAUCCGCGCCUUUUCCUUUAGCCCCGACGGCCAGCUUCUGGCAAUCAAGGGAGUGCGCAAUCGUGUCGAGAUCGUCACGGCCGCCAAAGGGCAGGGGUACAGCGUCAUCCGCAGCCACACUGAUGAAGUCACGCACGCGGAGUGGACGGCGGACUGCACCAGGCUCGUCACCGCGUCCAAGGACGGGACGCUGAGGAUCACGAAUGUCGAAACUGGCCGGAACAUUGCCAAGAUCGAGAUGGAGGACUGGAGGAACCCGCUCCGGCUUGCUGUGAGCCCGGCGGGAGUGAUUGCAUCGAUUUGGGGCAGGACGGUGACGAUAUGGGACCCUGAGAGCGGCGCGAUGAACAGCUACAACCUUGAGACGGCAAAGGGGAGCGAGGGCGUCCCGUUGGCGAUCUCACCUGACCUGCGGUGGGUUGUGUACCGGUCAGACGAUGGUGCUGAUGCCACGGAUCUGGCGACUGGAAAGGUGGUCUACUCAGCGAGGUUAGAGUCUGGGUUCGCGGUGUCGGCUGCCUUCUCUGGGAACGGGCAGUACAUGGUGGUUGGGCGGUGUUUGCAUGGGCACCAUGCCAGAAAUGAUUCUGGCAUUCUCAACGUGUGGGAAAUUCAGACUUGA